AUGGAAGAGCUUAUCGUAAAAUUACGGUCAAAUGCGAGGAAGCCUCCCCAAGCAGUUCUUUUUACUACUAAUUCUCCAUCUGGGAGUGAUAAAGUAGAUUUAAAUUCCUUCCUGGUGCAAAGAAAGCGAAAACAUAGAGAUCCUAGGCCGAGAGUGCUUAUUACUAAACCAGUACAACAGCCAACUUCAAUUUUUGAACUAGCCCAGGUUAAUCAAGAUGAUCAUAGCCCAAUUUUUGACGAAGAGUUCUUAGCUAAUGAGGAAAAUUUUGCCUUUAGAAGCUCUUCUUCCCCCACCUCCUCCAGAGCACAAUUUUGCAUCUAUCAAGCUAGCCAAGCCACUUGCUUUUUAGGACUCUAUUCCUCAAUCAAGAGGAAAGGGAAUAUCUAUUGGCUCAGGGCAAGGAGGUGA